AAUGUAAUUAUUUCGAAUAUAUAUAAGCUAGAGAAUGAAAACCAAGGCAGGCUGGGCCCACCACCUUUUCUGAAAAUUUCCAAACAAGUCCUACAAGGCAGGAGAGGGGAUGAAACUUCUUGGAAUGUUGUUAUAUUUUUCUUCGGCAAUGUUGGUUCAAGCAAUCCUCUUAGCUGCACCACACAGGCAACUUCCUCCUCUUAAUUUGUUAUAUAUCCAUCACCCAAUUUCUCAUCAUUCAAAAUCCAUUGAUCAACAUGAUGAUAUCCCUCACUCACAUGAUUCUGGUUUUGGGAGUGUCGGAGUUCCUCCUCUUCCACUUGCUCACCGCCACCAAAACCAUCCGCGCCUUCCUCUCCCGAUUCCAGCCAUCCACUUAUCCCUCCGCCUCCGCCCCCACGCAACAGAUCAUCAAGAGAAGCGUGAUCAGCAGAGGAGACGCCCACGUCGUCCUCAGAAGCUUAGGGAUGUGCGUCGAGGCGGCGGAGCAGCUGCCGGAGAGCGUCGACCUCGUGGAGCUCUUCGAAGAGGAGAGCCCUAGCUUGAGGGAAGUGAAGGAGGCUUUCGACGUGUUUGAUGCAAACAGGGAUGGGUUUAUUGAUGCGGCGGAGUUGCAUAAUGUGCUUUGCUGUCUGGGGCUCAGGGAAGGUUUGACGCAGCACGACUGCGCCAGAAUGAUUGGGUUGUUGGAUGAAGAUGGAGAUGGAGAUGGAGAUGGAGAUGCGAGGAUUGAUUUCGAUGAGUUUGUGAGAUUCAUGGACAACGCCUUGUGUUGAUUUUAUUACUUUCUUAACAAACUAACUCAUCAUCAUCACCCACUUUUUUAUUCAUUUCGAUCCACUGGGACACAUUUUUUACAGCUUAAUUAAAUAAACCUGUUGUGUAUAUAAUACUCCAGAUUGCACUAAUACCAAAUAUGUCUGUACUUGUCCACGAAUUAGAGUUAAACUUCAACUUAGAAUGAACGAAUUCAUUUUUAUUUUA